CACGUUUUCUUCCGCGCAUUUUCGUAAUGCCCGCACGUAUCGAACACCAAUCGACGGAGGGUCAUGAGGGAGACGCCACCUGUGUAGCUUAUUUUAAGAAUCAGCUGUUCUCCGGCGGAGCCGACGGCAAAAUACGCAUUUGGUCGGAAACGUUGCAACUAUUGGGCACGGUAAAUGCGCACGAUGCCUAUAUCUAUUGCCUCACUGUCAACGACCACGGCAAGGUGUACUCAAGCAGCUGCGACGGCCUGGUUAAGUACAUGUUGCCGCCCUACGAGGAUGCCUCUGUGCAGGAACUGUUCCGCUGCGACGAUGCCAUUCAAGCCAUGUACUGCGAUGGCGCGAUACUCUUCACAGGAGAUGACAAGGGUGUAGUGACCACUUGGAGCAACGAUCGCAUGCUCUUCAAGUACAAUCUCGUGGAGGAGGUCAAGUCACUUGCCGGCGAGCAGCAAUUAAUCUACACAGUACGCGAUCUGGAUGUCGUCAUCUCCGUUGUGGUCGAGGGCAAGUCGGGCAAGUACAGCAACAAAGCUGUGCUACCGGGAAAAUCACCAUUAACCCUUUUGGGGCCCGUAGUGGAAGGCAAGCGCACGUAUUUAGCAUUUCCAGAUCGCACGGGCAUGGGUCUCCAGUUGGUUAACAAUUUGCCGCAAAUGAAAUUUGUUCGUGUGUGGCAGCUGCCAAACUGCCAUGAGAUGAUUAUAAACAGCAUUUGCGGCGAUGAGAAACAUCUUUACUCGGGUGGCUACGACAAUAAGGUCAAGGGCUGGAACAAUUUGGAUGCUUCGCAACCGCUAGCGCUGGGCGAAGUCGAUGUUGGCAGUUGCGUUAAUAGUAUUUGUUGUGGUGAAAACAAUGCGGUCUACAUAGCGAGCAGCGACGGUUUAAUUCGUUGCGCAAAGUUUCGAGAGUCGUAAUAUUUAAUGUUUGAAUCAAAACAUCAAUAUGCAGCGAAUUCUUUUUGUAAUUUAAUGGUUUAAAAAGACAUG